CACUGUUCCUUCAAGGGUUGCCCGAGCACCCGGUCUGGUCAACCCCCUUCCCAAUCAGACUCUGUAAGCGCUAGGCCCCGUCAACCCCGCACCACCCCCUACACCGUAAGCCAGCAGGCAACAUCCAUCAUCUACCGCGGCACGAAACAAGACGAUAUCGCAGCUCCUCUCAGUCUGGUCACUGCGGCGACUAUGUGUUCGCUGCGGCGGCUGAGAACGCGCGGACCAGAGGACCGGACGAGCUGCCCAAGCCGAGAAACAUGCUCCGGUUGACCACGCACGACAUGAUGGCCGAGAAUCAACACGCCGACUCGGAUUACCCGGCAAUCCCCAUUCCUUACUUGAACUCACCUCCCCCCCCCUCUCCAUGCGCCUCACCCACCUCCUCAACAUGUCCAAGCGAGGCACUGUUCUCGAGUCGACGUUCGCCGUCUUGCGCGCGCAUGGCAUGAAGGUCAUGUUCGGCAACCCGGGGAGCAACGAGCUCCCUUUCCUGGCGGGCAUGCCCGCCGACUUCGACUACGUUCUGGGGCUGCACGAGGGUGUUGUGGUCGGCAUGGCGGACGGGUACGCGCAGGCGACGGGGCAGCCGGUGCUUGUGAGCCUGCACGCGGCGAGCGGCAGUGGGAACGCGAUGGGCGCGCUCACCAACGCGCGCUACGCGCACUCGCCCCUCGUACUUCUCGCGGGACAGCAGGUGCGGCGCACUGUGGGACAAGAGGUGAUGCUGAGCAGCGUCGACGCGGCAGCACUACCGCGCCCACUCGUGAAGUGGGCACACGAGCCCCUGGCGGCAGAAGACGUUCCGCGCGCCGUGAGCCAGGCGAUCCUCGAGGCGUCGACGGAGCCGCGCGGACCAACGUACCUCUCGGUACCAUACGACGACUGGAAGGAGGGCGCGCUGGCGGACGACGAGCAUCUCCCGGCGCGGAGAGUCCGCACGGCGGGCGCGCUAGACGCAGACCUCGUCGCGGAGCUCGUGGCGCGCCUCGACCGCGCGCAGCGCCCCGUACUCGUCCUCGGUCCGGACGCAGACGGCGCGCAGCCCGCCGCGACGGCGCUCGCCGAGCGCCUCGGCUGCCCUGUAUGGAUUGCCCCAAGUCCGUGUCGGGCGCCCUUCCCUACCGGGCACGGGCUGUUCGCCGGCAUUCUCCCCGCAGGGAUGGAGAGCGUGCGCGCGCGCCUCGAGCCACACGAUGCCGUCCUCGUCGUCGGCGCCCCGGUCAUGCGAUACCAUAAAUGGGAGCCCAGCGCGUACCUCUCCGGCAAGCCCGAUGUGAUCCACAUCACGUGCGAUCCCUCGGAGGCUACGCGCGCGCCUUAUGGCGACGCGGUGAUUGCGUCAAUUGCGCCGGCGCUGCGCGCACUCGCGGACGGCGUGCGCGACCGCGCACAGGGCCCGUUCUCGGUGCGCGAGAUCGCACCAGCUUACCGCGACGCCCGCGGCAUGACAGGCGAAGAGGUGUUGGAAGUGCUCAACGCGCGCACACACGAAGGCAUCACAUACGUGAACGAAACCACGACGCUCGACGCGAUUUGGAUGUCCCGCGUCGCCCUCUCGAGGCCCAGGCAGUAUCACUUCCCCGCGUCGGGCGGGCUGGGGUUCGGCCUACCUGCCGCCGUUGGGAUUGCGCUGGCACGUCCCGAGGUCACGGUCGUUGCAACCGUCGGCGACGGCAGCGCGAACUACGGCAUCACGGCACUGUGGACGGCCGCGCAGCGGCGAACCCGUGUCGUCUUCGUUAUCGUGAAUAACGGGACAUAUGGCGCGCUCCGUCGUUUUGCGGCUGCCAUGGACGCGGAGAAUGCGCCGGGGCUCGACGUGCCCGGCAUCGACUUUGUGCAGCUUGCCCAAGGGUAUGGUGUUCCUGCGUCCCGCACGACGAGCAGAGAGGAGUUUGAGACGGCAUACGCGCAGGCCUUGGCGGCCGAGGGGCCGGUGCUGAUCGACGCACGGGUGUUGCCUUAGGUGCUGCCGAAGUGCAUAGAGGUUCUAUAGACAUGUAUCGCGUUAACGAG